AUGAAUGAGUGCAGUCGAGUGUGCAGAUGGUCUUCUUUCGAAUACUUCCAUUUGCGUGCCUGGAUACCUGUAAUUCCCCGGACGUACAUUCUUAACAAUGAGAAGGAUAUGCUCCUCCUCGCCCGAUUCUUCAUCGCGCUUGAACCGCACACACGGAAAUUCCAUCUUGACGUGUCAGGGUUCUAUUCGGGUAGUAUCUCCGAUGUCCCUGCACUUUUAGUUCGGAAGUUCUGGUGCAAGAAAUUUGUGAGCGGAAAAAAAUCAAUCAAGGGUCUGAUGAAUCGUCCUGCGCCUUUUGCAAACGGGAGCGAUUCCUGGAUAAUGAAGAUCGUUUCCUCCGUCCCCGAUUCCUAUGGAUCCGAACCCUGCACGAACCGAGACCCUGCUUCCUCACAACCCGGCUACCUACUGCCAAGCGAGAAACGCUAUAAAGCCAGGGCGCACCCACUUACAUACGCUUUCCUACCUCCCUCUCUCCUCCUUUCGUUGUCGAUCCCCACUCCCCUCUCGUCAUCGUCGACCUCUUAUUCGUCGUCGUCAUUCGCUGCAAAGCUAGACGACAACCAGGCUUGUUGUGACGGCGUAUGUGUUGGUUCUGCAAAAAGACGAAUUCCGAUAGAAGCCAAAUCACCUGGCUUCAGAAGUGUGUUGUGGCUAUGGGAAACAUUGCGAACAUCGUCACCCAAUCGAUUGGGGCUGCCGUAUACGAACCCUUCGACAUCGGCACUUCCAACACAGUACGAUGGCGGACGUGACGUAGGAUAUCACCUGCUAAACGUCGACAAUAUCGAAACUCGGUCGUUGAGAAAAGGCAGGUGGAGGGUGGUGUACAGAGGAAGUGUAUGGUUAUUCUCAUUACUGAAUACCCGUGAACACGACGACCCAAUCUCGUUUGGAACAAAGUGUCGUUAUGCUCUUCUAAUCGACUACAACUAUUCGACCUCCAAACCCGACUUGAUCGAGUCUCCCGACGUCGUCCUCUUCGAAGGCGACUACGCGUCCGUCGUAACCGUGUUCACCACCAAACAUAACGCGAAAUUCAGAGGCCCGUCGCUCGAGGAGUUGAAGGGGGAGUUUAGAGUGCAUCUGGGGGAUUAG